CCUCCUCCUCCGCCUCCCUCUCCGACUCUCAUGCUGUCUCUCGCAUCCACAUCUCUUCAUUUCUCCGUCUGCUCAGCUUCUGUUCCUGCUUCUUUUGUCACAUCCCUUCAUUUUCUCCUCCUCCUUCCUUCUCUCUCCUUUUUUUUUUAAAAAAAAAAAAAAAAAAUUGAUUCUUCUUCUGCGACAUGCUCCUCACGUGAAGUCCGUCAACUUGCAGAGCACUGUGGAUGCCCAGUUAAAAAACAAAACAUAGAAAAGAAGGCAAAUGCUCUGUCGGGGAAUAAGAGGAAAAGCGCACGUUUGCAUCUUUCAUUGAGUGCCUUGGCUUGAACGGAGCAACAGUAUGGAUCUGUCAUUCAUGGCUGCGCAGAUCCCAGUUAUGACGGGAGCCUUCAUGGACUCCUCGCCCAACGACGACUACAGCGGUGAGCACUCCCUCUUUAACUCCUCGGCCAGCGUCCAUGCCGCUGCCUCUGCCGCCUCGGUACACGGCCAACAGGAUGAGCAGCAGUCCAUGUCCAGUGAUGCCAUCUGGCUCUGGAUCGCCAUCAUCGCCACCAUAGGAAACAUUGUGGUGGUUGGCGUCGUCUACGCCUGCACUUUCUGAUGAACAUAUGCUGACAAAGACAAACACACACACACACACACACAAACACAUACAUCCUGCUUUUUCCGGAUAUCUGGACCCCUGAGCGAGGCCACGCUUUGUAGACAGACACUCUCUCUCUCUAUGUCUCUCUCUGUCUUCCUCUGUCCCCCUCGCACUUGGAUUUUGGAUCAGAUUGAGUCCCUGAGGGUGUGGAAGUUGUGAUACUAGACAAUAACAUAUAGACUCCUCUAUUUCUUCAUCAGAGGAGAAGACUGAGACUUGGCUGCAGUCGUCGGCAUGGAGCAUUUUUGGAUGCUACAACUGUUAGUUUGAAAAAAAGCUUUUGUGUUUGACAGCUCUUUAGUUAAAAACAGAAACAUCAGACCUGCGCUCUCAAACAAGAAUCAAAGGAACACUGUUGGUUUUUUUUUCUGCUUAAGUUUGUUUCCAUGUUUCUCCUCAGACAACAUCCUCACUUAUAAUGCAGAGACGAGAAUGGAGAUUAAAUGGGGCUUAAGAUCCAGGUUGAUCCGGGCCAUCUUAAACAUCCACCAGAUAGUUUCUUAGCAAUUUAGAGCAGUGCUGUUUAAUUAUGCGGCUGAACAGAGAUGGUGAAUGUUAAAACAUUUAGAAAGUGCUGGGAUUAUUUUCAUGCCAGGCAGCCCUGAGGCCCAAAACACUGGAGCUCAUUUAAGAACUAAUUUGUGGAUGAAAUGUGGUGUAUAUAGUAUCUAAACAAUUUUACUGACAGGAAACAAAGAACAGACACAUUUAAAAUCUCAUAAGAAUGGUUUCCGCAGUGCUAACUGAAUUAUACGCAGUGAACGAUGGCUGUAUGAUUAGAUGAGUAGAGUAAAACUAAGUCAGCCCCCUUGAAAUGAAUGAUCCUGUUGUCAAAUACCUACAGCAAUAUUCACCAGGGGUUAUUAGAAAUCUAAUUGUAUUGUCAUGGUCUGUUCAGGCAUGUUUAGAUAUUAUCUACAGAUGUCAACAAAUACAAUUAAAAGCACAAAUUGAAUCGCAAGAUGACGUAGCCUACUUUGCUUACUGCACCUAAUUAUUUUGUACUUCUUUUUUGUCUUAAAGGAACAGGGUGUAAGAUUUAGAGGGGGUUAGGAUUGCAGAUUGCAACCAUUAAAAACUUCUCCUGGUUGGAAUUCUUUCAGUGUUCAGGAGGUUUUUACCAGGAGCCGAAUUAUACACAGAGGUCUCCUGGUACUUGACUGUACCAGGAGAGAGGUGAUUAAAAACAGUAAAAACACUAAAUAAAGCAGCUUCAUGUUACAAAUCAGUACUUCUGCUACGCUGUUCAGCACGUCAUAAAUGGUCCACUCGCCAGCAUCGGCUCUUGUACGCUCACCUAUUUUCUCUGAUAACUUAAUGUGUGCUCACUUAUUAGUGAUCCAGGAGGUUUUUACCAUGAGCCACAUUUUCCACAGAGAUCACCUCAUCUCUAAAACAGACCAAGGGUCUCAUUUAUAAACAUUGUGUAUGCACAAAGUGAGGCCUGAAAGAGGCGUACGCCACUUCCAACACAAAAGUUGUGAUGAAUAAAAACUUUGACCCAUGCUUAUGAACAUUUUGGAGACGGAAAUUGGCGAAGCAGUUGGUGAGGUGGAAGCCUGAACGUGGGAAUUGUUGAAUAUUUUUGCCGCCUACUAUUUUUGGCUUUUGUUCAUAUGUACAUUUUAAGUAUGGAUCCUACGCAUUGUUUUGUAAACAGGACGUCAGGCCGAGGGAGGCUCAGGUGAAGUUUUAGAGUCCUCACAACACUUGCGGAGUUCCCAUGGGAGAGGGGGUAGCAGCACAACCCCACCUAAUGGUGGCUUACCACGCUCACGUGUGUGUGCUUGCGCACGAGACCAGCGAAAGCACGUGAACACACAAGCACGCACAUGUCAGAGAGGCAGUUAGAGCUGCAGGCUACAAUGAGGCUAAAAACAGAGUUCAAAUGACGUUUUUCCAAACAACUUUUUAUGUCGGGGCGUCAGGGCUACACUUGGAUCACUACGGACGAGCAGUAUGGAGAUAUUUUGUGGUUUCAGUUAUGUGUUUUUGGACGUUUGAACCUGGGACGCCGUAAGCCUCCAUUAGGUGGAGUUGUGUUGCUACCCACUCUCCCCUUGGAUCUCUGCAAGGGAUGUGAGGACUCUAAAACUUCACCUGAGCCUCCCUCAGCAUAUGGGUGAGUAGAUAAUGGUUGAAUUUUCAUUUUUGGGUGCAUUAUCCCUUUAAGAGUCUCUUAAGCCAUCAUUGUCUCUUCCUUUCCAAAACAAACAGAUCAGGGAUCUGAUUUAUAAAACAAUGCAUAGGAUCCAUACUAAAAAUGUAUGUACGGGCAAAAACCAAAAAUGGUGUGCGCCCAAAAAUAUCCAACAAUUUCUACAAUCAGGCUUCCACCUCACCAUCUAUGUCGCCGGUUUUCAGUCUCCAAAAUGUUUGUAAGCAUGGGUCAAAGUAGCUCCCAUCAAGUCUAUUUUUAGAGAUCACAAUCCCACUUUUGCAUGGGAAGUGGCGUACACCUCUUUCAGGCCUUGAUUUGUGCAUACACAAUGUUUUUAAAUGAGACCCGUGGUGAUUAAAAGCAGUAAAAUAACUGAAAAAAAGCAGUUUCCUAAAAAAAAACAAAAAAAAAAUGUGUUAUUCUGACGCUGCUAACUACAGUGGCUGACACGAAAUCGCUAAAAUGCCACUGCCUAUCAAGAGUCAGUGUUUGUCCAUUCUGCGCCACUGCAAACAUGAUGAUCUCCAUAGAUGGGGACCCACUACCUAUGUAAAUAUGAAUGGCUCAUUCUAAGGUAACGAAAACAGGAAUCAUAUUUUUAGGUGAUUACACACCAAAGAAAGCAUACUUAUUAUAUUCCAUUUCUGCAAAUAUAUCCUCACUAACUCCUACACACUGGACCUUUAAAGUACAGCUUGUAUUUCUUGUCACUCAGAGUUAAUCUUGUCAACAGGACAGAGCAGAUGUGGAAAACUGGUAAAUGUAUGUUUUUUAAAAGUGAUUUAACACCCAUUAGAUCUGUGGUGAACUUUGUGGUAACUGUAUACUAACGUGAGGAGGGAAAGGAUGCCUCAGUUCGAAAUGAAAUGUUGUCAGGCUGUCCCUCUAAAUUCGUCACUGUUCAGUAAAUUAGCUUUUGUGUUACUGUGGAAUCUGGAGGCAGCAGUCUCCAUGGCAACUAAUCCUCGUCCUAAUUGGGGAACAACAGCUGUACUCUGAGACUCGAGCGUUAACCUGCAGCCACUGAUGCCAUUUAUGCUUUUUAUUCGGAGCAUUUAAUAACCGCUCGCACACAAAGACCAUCACAGGAAGCAUUGCACUGAGUUUAAACAAAUGUAACAUCUGGUAACCUUGAUUUUUUUAUUUACUUGUGCAUUGCUUUACACUGUUUUAUUUCCAUUUCUUAAGACAGUGAGCUGCUAUAGGAGAACUGAUAGAAAUGUUAGUAAUUUUGUUUUUCUGAAUGUCACUUUAAAGUCAGUAAGUAGUUUUAUUCUUUAUUGACAAACUGACUGAUCUAUAUAUUUAGACAGAGAGAGAAAUAGAAAGAGACUACUCCUUUUUUCAGUGAACUUAUAUAUUUUUUCUGGGGUUUCGGGGAUAAUGCCAACAUGCUUUAGGUUAAAAGAUACAAACCUGUCUUGUAAACACCAUACUGUACAUGUUCAGAUGUUCAUACACUGCGAAUUACAAUACUAGCUGUAUCAACUGUACCGAUGUGAGGGGAAAUUCAGAAAUUCAGACACUGUUAUUAUACUUCUACAAUGUUCAAAGAAGGACUUUUCAAGCCUGUUAUUUUUAAUAAAUGGUUGAUGUAGAAAUACUGUAUUUAGACAUGUUGUAAACCACAUACACAAUGCUCCUUUUGUAAAGACAUAUGCUACUAUUAA